AUGGCUAUCAAGAAAGGCAAGGGACUAGUCCAAGAUAGGGAAAAGUUUAAAACUCAGUUGGAUGAGAAAAAAUCUGAAAUCGAGAAGCUGAUGCUCGAGUUGCAGCAGCUAGGUGGUACAGUUGAUGGCUACAAGAAUCAGAUAGAUGUGUUAUCGAGAGACUUAGAGCGCACAAAAGAGCUAGAGACUGAGCUUGUUGCUAUUAAAGACGAAAGAGAUCAACACAAGCAAUCAUUAUCUCUAAAUGACGCAUUGUUGCAGAAAGUGAUGAAAUCAGUUGAUAUUAUAGCUCUCCCUGUUGAUUUAGUAUCUGAGGAUCCGUCAGAAAAGAUUGCCCAACUUGCUGGCUACUUCAAAGAAGUGCAAUUGGCCAGAGUAGAGGAACAAGAAGAGCUAGAAAAAGUAAAGGCAGAAGCCGAUGCGUUAGCCAGUAAAUUAGCAGAAACCCAAACAUCCCUGAAGUUGGUUGAGGAUGCCUUGUCUACUGCAGAGGGUAACAUCAAUCAGCUUGAUGAGGAGAAUAGAGAAGUCCAAGCUGCCAAG